AUGUCGACAGGAUCGCAGUCGAAUACCCCGACCUAUUCGGAAGCGGAUAAAACACCGGAACACUUGGAAUGGAUGCGAAAGGCGAUGAGCAUGGCAGAGGAGGCGUUGACUGCUGGCGAGGUGCCUGUCGGCUGCAUUUUUGUGCGGAACGGAAAAGUUGUCGCGCAGGCUCGGAACAGGACGAAUGAACUUCGUAAUGCAACUCGGCAUGCAGAACUCGAGGCCAUCGACGAGAUUCUCGCCGACAAGACGCUGACGCCCGCCGUGACGCCAUAUCCGCUCGCGGAGACGACGUUGUACGUGACAGUGGAACCCUGUAUCAUGUGCGCCUCUGCCCUCCGGCAAAUGGGGAUCAAGGAGGUAUUCUACGGCUGCGAGAACGACCGAUUCGGCGGAUGUGGGAGCGUCCUUGGAGUCAAUAGCGGACUUCCCCAUCCGAAGCACCCAGCCUAUAGGGCGACUGGAGGAUACUUCCGAGAAGAGGCCAUUAUGGUGCUGCGAAGAUUUUACAUCACAGAGAACACAAAUGCACCGGCUCCAAAGUCCAAGACAAAUCGUAGACUCAAGACAGAUAUACCCUCGCGAUCGUCUCACCUCGGGGGCACAUAG